GGCUGCGCCAGCCCCAGGGAUCCCCUCGCCCCAGCUCCCCCCCUCUCCAUCCCCUCCUAAACUCGGUGAAAGCUGCUCUGAUCUCCAGGUUCAGCCAGGGUGGGACCCAGACACCCCCCAGGCUCAGACACCCAUGGCAGGGGCUCAAGGGCUUCCCAGUUGCCCCAGUCGCCCCCCCCUCCUUCCUCCCCCAUCCUCCCCCUCCCCGCAGCCCCACGCCGAUUACCCUGGGCUUUGAGGCUAAUGCCCAACACCUGACCAGCUUAUUCUCCUGAGUCUAUUAUCAGCUUAAGGACCGAAGACAUCUGGUCCCCGCUACCCGCCCGGGGAGCUGAAGGAGUCUUCAAGCCUGGAGCAAGAGAGCCAGGGCUCAGUCGACGGCGUCUCCUCUCAGAUGGAUCUCUGAACGUCUCCGCCGCUGAGAGGGGCAGCCCCUUGUCCCCGGAGUUACAGGGCAGAAUGGCUCAGGACAUGACAGAGAAGGAGCUGCUGAAGAUGGAGCUGGAUCAGCUGAAGAAGGAGGUGAAGAACGAGAGGCAAAUGGUCUCCAAGACCGGCAAAGAGAUCAAGGAGUACAUCGAGUCCAUGGCGGGCGACGACCCGCUGCUGAAAGGAGUCCCCGAGGACAAGAACCCCUUUAAGGAGAAGGGCGGCUGUACAAUAAGCUGACCCCCCCCCCCCGCUGCUGUCACCGCUGGGCACGGGGAUGUUUCCGUGCGCAAGCCAAGACUGUCAGAAAUCUGCUUUCCCUGUAGUCUGACCUCAGCACUGGGGAGUCCAGAACCAAAGUGUAGCGCAUCUAAAGGACGGCAAAAGAAAAACAAAAAAAAAAAGGGGGGGGGGGGGAAAGAAGAAAAAAAAUUACCCCACCGCCACCGGAGGUGAAGUUCAGCAGCCAGCGCAGCGUGUGCUUUUGUGCUCGCACAGCUGAUUUACAUUCGGUUUCCUGCAAGCAAAACUUCUGCAUUUUUAGCAGCCAGCAGCAAACUGGGCUUUAAUGAAACCGCAGCGCUGUGUCUGGUCUCAGGCUUCUCCAAGCAGCCCAACCCUGGAGCUGAGCCCCCCCCACUCGCUGCAGAAGAGCCUCCCAGCAGGACCUCGCUCAAGUCAAUUCCUCUCGGUGCCUCAGUUUCCCCAUCCGGCACAGGAGGGCAACACCCACCCCACUGCUUUGAGGCUUCCAGGGGCCUGAAGCUUUAUUCUCCUUAUUCCCACACAUCCUCCCAGCCGCCCACCACUCCUACACGGCUCGCGCCCACCGUGCGCCUUGAAUCGAGAGCCAGGGGAUGGCCAGAGCAGGGCUGGGUGGGCUUCACCCACCACAGGGUAGGGCACGGGAAGCAGCGAGGCCCCGGGGAAGCUUGUUCAAACCCUCACUCUGCCUCUCGGUCUCGCUUCCUCCCCUGGCAGCCGUGGGAAAGCAAGCCCAGGGCUGUCGGGUCCUGCCGGCCACCGCAGUAGCUCCGAGCGUGGCAACCGUGGUGACUCCGAGUGCUGCCUCCGCCUCACCGUCAGCUCCCUGCUGCUGCAGGCAGGGGAGGGCAGCCGGGCCCUGUACGGGCAGAGGGGCUGCAAAGUCUCAUCCCACCACGUCCCAUCGGUGACAGGGGUGACUUAAAGCAGGCAGCUUGGGGGGCUGCAGCUCCUUAGAGCAAGACAGGACUCACCAAGCCCUGAGCUAGCGACGCCAGGCUGUGAUCCUCCUGCUCCCACGGGCAGCUUUUUUCUAGGACCAAUUUCACCUCCUGCUUGAUAGAAAAAAAGCACAUCGGCUGGGGCACAGCCAGCUUCUGAGUUCAGUAAGGUGAUACUUUGGGGAAGAUUUGUGGGGUUUGUUGUUUGGGAGUUUUGGGGGGUUUCUUUUGUUCUUGUUUGUUUUUUAAAUCCAUUACUUUUUUGGAAGGGAGGGGGGGAACUCUAAAAAACAUCCCCAGAUGCUCAGCCCCGAACAGAAGCAGCUCUUCCUAUUUCUCAGAGUCCCUCAGGUCCCAUCUCUGCCGCAGCCUCUCCCCAUCCCGCUUCUGCUCUGUGCCAGCCCACCACCACCAUCGCAGCAUCCCUCGGGCCGACGGCGAAACGCUCCCGAGGCUCCGAUACCCCCUGCUCGGAGCUUACAAACAUCCUGCAGCAGAUUUAGACACAGCAAAGACGACGGCUGCAAACUCAGGGCAGGAACAAACCUCUUCCACCCCGUGGGACGGGGAGUUUGGGAAGGGCGGGGGUGUACCCCGAUGCCGGUGGCUGCUGCUGGGGCUCCGGGAGCACGUGGAGACGGGCCUGGGAGUAGUUCAAAUGCUGUACUGGUAGGGAAAUGGGCUUUGACCCCACCUGGAGCAGCGUUUUCCUGCCUGCUGGGCCACUGCAUGGGCCCUGCUCAGCACCGAGCCCUGCUCAGC